AUGAGCCUGUGGUACCUAGGGUGUGCAACACUCCUGGUACACUGGACAGUGUUUUACGACGACUUCAUUAUCGUCAACGAAGCUGCAUCUACGAAACAUUGCGAACUAGUCCUACGCAACCUCUGGAGCCUUCUUGGGUGGUCAGUUGCACAAGACAAAGAGACUGAGUUUAAUUACUUUGCGCGGGCUUUGGGAAUCAAGAUCUGUUUCCACUCCGAGAGACUCUUUGUCGUGGAGAACACCCCAGAGAGGAAAGCUGAGCUGGAGGAGACCAUUUCGAGUCUUCUUGCACUUGACUGGGUUGACCAGCAUGCGUUAGCUUCCUUGCGUGGCAGGUUGCAGUUCGUGGAAGGUCAAAUCCACGGAAGGCGCAGCCAUAGGCACAUGCAACUUCUCUCGCGUCGCGCCGAGUUCAUUGGUGGCUCGGCCAUGGACGAUGAUCUUCGCAAUGCUCUGGGGUUCUGGGAAAACAGUAGCCCGAUUUACUUCUUGGAAG